GCUUUAGCACAAUCUCAUCCGCUCCGAACCGCGCUCUGCAGAACCCCGCACACACACACACACACACACACACACACACACACACGGCAGCGGCGCGAGGACGGCCGUCGUGCUCCAGCAUGGCCAGCACCAUCAAGGAGGCGCUGUCGGUGGUGAGUGAGGAUCAGUCUUUAUACGAGUGUUCGUACGGAGUGUCUCAGUAUAAGACGGACAUGACUGCGUCCGCCGCCGGUGAAUACGGCCCAAACAAACUCAGUCCCAGAGUGCAUCAGCAGGACUGGCUGGCUCCGCCCCCUGGACGCAUCACUGUGAAGCUGGAGUGUGGCGCGGGAUCCAGGUCCUCUCCUGAUGUGUGUUCUGUGGUGAAGGGGAAGGGUUCUCCAGUGAUGUACAGCAGCUCUAUGGAGCCGAACACGUGGAGCAGCGAGCGCAGAGUGAUCGUUCCUGCAGAUCCGAGCCUGUGGUCAGCGGAUCAUGUUCGUCAGUGGCUGGAGUGGGCCGUGAAGGAGUACGGGCUUCCUGAGGUGGACCUGUCUCUGUUCCACAGCAUCGACGGGAAGGAGCUCUGCAAGAUGAGCAAAGACGACGUCCAGCGUCUGACCAGCAGCUACACAGCUGACAUCCUGCUGUCUCACCUGCACUACCUCAGAGAGACUCCGCUUCCUCACUUGACCUCAGAUGAUGUUGACAAAGCCUUGCAAAACUCCCCGCGGUUAAUGCAUGCUCGCAAUACAGGAGGAGCCAGCUUCAUCUUCCCAAACGCCUCCGUCUUCCCUCCAGACGCCAGCAGAGCAGACAGCAGUCUCCACGGCCGGCGCUCCGAAUGGAGUCAGCCGGCGUCUGCAGCUAAAGUUCCUCAGAGUCCUGCUGCCAUCAUGAGCAAAACCCAAGAGCAGAGAGUCCAGCUAGAUCCGUAUCAGAUUUUAGGGCCGACGAGCAGCAGACUGGCCAAUCCAGGUUCGGGUCAGAUCCAGCUGUGGCAGUUCCUCCUGGAGCUUCUCUCCGACAGCUCGAACUCGUCCUGCAUCACGUGGGAAGGAACCAACGGCGAGUUCAAGAUGACGGAUCCGGACGAGGUGGCUCGGCGCUGGGGCGAGAGGAAGAGCAAGCCCAACAUGAACUACGACAAGCUGAGCCGAGCCCUGCGCUACUACUACGACAAGAACAUCAUGACCAAAGUGCACGGCAAACGCUACGCCUACAAGUUCGACUUCCACGGCAUCGCUCAGGCCCUGCAGCCGCAUCCGCCCGAGUCCUCCAUCUACAAGUACCCAGCCGAGCUGUCCUACAUGAGCUCGUACCCGCAGAAGAUGAGCUUCGUGUCUCCACACACUCCGGCCAUGAGCGUCUCCUCGCCGGGCUUCUUCAGCGCUCCGGGUCCGUACUGGAGCGCUCCGGCGCCGGGACUCUACAGCGGCCCUCGACACCCCCCCGCACACAUGCCCUCGCACCUGGGCUCCUACUACUAGAGUCCCACCACAUCUCCAGAACACACCUGACUGGAGAGAGAACAUCCGCCACCCGCUCGCGGAGCCUGGAGUUUAGCAGGAGUGUGAAAGUGUUAAUGAUUAGUAAUAUGCAUUGCUAAGAACUUCAUCUGAACAACUUUAAAGAUGAUUUUCUCAAUAUUUAGAUUUUUUUGUCUCCCUCAGAUUCCAGAUUUUCUAAUAGUUGUAUCUCAGACAAAUAUUGUCCUCCGAACAAACCACACAUCACUGGAGAGAUCAUUUAUUAUGAUGUAUGUGUGAAUCUCAGUUUCAAGAAACCGACCCUGAUGACUGGUGCAGGGUCACAUAUGUUCAUGUGUGCCUUAACUUACAAACAUAUCAGAGAGAGUUCAGAAGGUCUGAGAGAGAGAGAGAGAGAGGAAGAGGAAGAGGAAGACAGGACUGAGGUGUGAGAGAGGAGGAAGAAUUGUGGCCGUUCACGUGAAGGAUGAUAAUGUAAGGAUGCAUAGUAAUGGUUCAACGGUUAAUCACGAUUAUUGUGCUCCAAAAAUAUAAUCACUUAUUUGCAGUUUCAUAUGAGCACAGACCAGCAAGGUUUGCUUGCAGAUUUCAUCAAUACAGAUCGUGUUAAAGCAUCUUUACAGUAUUAAACAGGAAAAUAGUGUCAAUAAUACAGAAGGACAAGAGUAAACGCUCGGUUCUCCUCGGUCACAGACUGGCUGUGUUACACAGAAUAUCUGAAUAGAGAUCACAGAGAGAGCACAUGAGCAUGGCUGCUAGUUUGGGAGUAAAUUACAUUAACCACUAGGGUUGCAGAAUUGUUUUACUGCAGAAUUGGGCUACUUUUACAUUAGUGUAGUCUGUGGGUUAAAGUGAUCUCCCCGAAACACUAUUUGGACAGAAACUGGGGGGAAAAACGUGAUUGGGCUAGUUCUGAUUAGCAAUGAGGGUUUUUCCCACCACAGACCUGGCAACCUUGUAAACCGCUGGGAUUGAUUUUAAAGGGAUACUCCACCGUGUUUUCAUAUUAAACUAUGUUUUUCCCUUACCUAAGACGAGUCGAUACAUACCUCUCUCGUCUCAGUGCAUGCACUCGAUCGCUUUGGCGCGCGGUGACACUUUGAAAGCACUUAGCUUAGUCCAUUCACUCAAUACGGGCCAAGCAGAGAAACUACCAAACACCUCCACGUUUUCUCUAUUUAAAUACAGUUAAUAUCUUCACUAGAGGGAGCGGGGACGGUGAGAGGAUUUUUCACGAGUGAAGAUAUUACUGCGCCAAGACGAAGUGCUUACAAGCACUUGCCAUGGUAUUCCGCCACACAAUACAGUUAUCCAUUUUACAAGCUUAGAAAAGCGCAACGUUUUGUUUUGUGUUACCGUCCUAGGUCGAGUUACACUACGCGAGUAACUGUAUUUAAAUCGGGAAAAGGUGGAGGUGUUUGGUAGCUUCUCUGCUUGGCCCGUAUUGAGUGAAUGGGCUAAGCUAAGUGCUUUCAAAGUGUCACCGCGCGCCAAAGCGAUCGAGUGCACGCACUGAGACGAGAGAGGUGUGUAUCAACUCGUCUUAGGUAAGGGAAAAACAUAGUUUAAUAUGAAAACAUGGUGGAGUAUCCCUUUAAACACUUGACAUCUGACAGCUGAAAGCAUGAAUGCUCGUUAACCCUUUUUUUUCAAUCAAUUAACGAACCAAACCUUGACAACCAAUCAGAAUCCACUCCAGCAUUUAAAGUGACAAACUGCAGAGUUUGUAAUAAACAGAAGAUGAUCGUGCAUCAGUGUGGAUGCUAAUAUAGUUACUCAGUAUUGUCAUUCAUAUGGCAUCAAAGAUUGAUAUUUGCCUUAAAAAUGACGAGUCUUUGUAGACAACUGGAAUCUUUCAGAAGUUUUAAUGACCUCUAACCUUUAACGACGAGGUGCAUUUAUAUGAACCAGUGCCUUACAGAGAGAAACAGAUUGACCAAAGAUACCAGUAUUUGUAUUAUUAUUAAUUAUUAUGAUAUGAUCCGAGUCGCAAACGCUGUGCGUUUGUUAGAUUGAAGUAUACAGUUCAGUGUUAUAAUUCUUUUAUAUAAUAGAUAUAUAACUUAUGCAUUUAAACACUACGAGUUGAUCUCAGCCAGCCGAACAGACUUUAAUCAGAGACGGAGCGCAGACGACACGCGUGAUCUCUGUACAGUGUGUGUGUGUGUGUGUGUGUGUGAGAGUGUGUGUGUGUGUGUGUGUGUGUGUGUGUGUGUGAGAGUGUGUGUGUGUGUGAGAAACGCUGGACUGGUGCAGCACACGGCUCUGACCCGCUGAACUCAGAUCAGUUCGGUUCGGUCUCGCCCUGAUGCUCUGAGAUUGCUGACAAAGGGAAGAAAACAUAUAUUUGGAUAAAUUAUAUGGUUUUCUACUGAAUCAUUUUAAUAAACUAUUUUCAACAACA